GUAGCUUACCUCGCGUUUUUUUUUCUUUCUCCCCCAAACCCAAAUUUUCUCUGGAGUGAUUCGCCAGUUAUUUCCAUUCUUUUUUGGUCUUUCGCCUUCUCUCCCCACCAAGAACUCCAACACAGCAGCCACCCUCCGAAUCUCCGGCCACCGUCAUUCUUUCACCGACCACCCUCAUAAGUGCUAAAAAAAACUUGGGUUAAGUGACAUUAUGACAAGCUAUUUAUGGAAGAAGUAUGCAGAUUAUGUAUACACCAAAUGGGAAAGAACAAUUUUGUGGGAUAUGAUUGAACCUUACAGACGGCCAAAGUCGUUUACACCUCUUGUCACUCUUUAUGUUGCUGCAUUCUACACUGGAGUCAUUGGAGCAGCAAUCACGGAGCAACUCCAUAAAGAAAAAUACUGGGAAGACCAUCCUGGAGAAACAGUACCUCUGAUGAAACCCAUGUUUUAUGGUGGUCCUUGGAAAGUAUACAGAGGGGAAGUUCCAGUCUACCCAAGCGACAAUCCCAAGUGAAAUAUGAAUUGUAGUCUAUUGGAAUUUGGAAAGGAAGUUGAAUACAAAUUUUCUUCUUUCUUGGACCAAGUUUAUAGAAUAUAUUUCCAUUUCUUCAGCUGAAUGAAUUUUCUUCGUUCUUA